AUGUCGAUGGAUAUAGAUGUAGAUGUUCCUAUUUCUAUAGCGCCUCAUCAAGGGUUAGAAAAUGCUCCAAUUACUGCUACCAUCUUUUGUUGCGACUGCGGUGCUCCUAUAGACGGUACAACGGCUAUCGACGCCAAAUGUUACGACUGCUUCAAACUCACAAAAGAUAUCUCACAAGGCAUUCAGCGCGAAGCCACCUUACAUUUCUGCCGAGACUGCGAUCGAUGGCUUCAACCACCGUCUAGCUGGGUAACAGCACCGCAUGAAUCUCGCGAACUUCUAGCCCUCUGUCUAAAGAAACUAAGUCUUAACCGAACGAGGAUAAUCGAUGCCAGCUUCAUAUGGACAGAACCGCACUCGAGACGAGUAAGGGUUAAGCUUGUGGUUCAAGCUGCCGUAGCAGAUGAUCGAGUUAUGCAACAAGCCUUGGAGGUGAUGUAUGUUGUCGCAUAUCAGCAGUGCCCAGAGUGCGCCAAGUCAUAUACAGCCAACGUUUGGCGAGCAAGCGUACAAGUGCGCCAGAAGGUGUUGCAUAAGCGAACAUUCCUCUACCUCGAGCAGCUUAUCUUAAAGCACGGCGCCCAUCGUGAAACUAUCAACAUUAAAGAAGCCAGAGACGGUAUCGAUUUCUUCUUCGCGGCAAGAAAUCAAGCCGAGAAAUUUGUCGACUUCUUAAACUCCGUCGUACCCGUCCGAGUCAAGAAAUCUCAGGAGCUCAUCUCACAAGAUUCCCACACUGCGAAGAAAUCAUACAAAUUUACCUUCUCCGUCGAGUUAAUACCCAUCUGCAAAGAUGACUUAGUUGCGUUACCUAUCCCCCUCGCCAAGCAGAUCGGCAACAUCUCUCCGCUAGCUAUAUGCCAUCGCAUCGGCACCUCUAUCAACUUGCUCGACCCUAACACUCUCCAAACCGCCGACAUUAGCGCGCCCGUAUUCUGGCGCACCCCCUUCCCCGCGCUGGCAGAUUCUCAGGAUCUAGUCGAGUUCAUUGUAAUGGACUGCGAGCCGAUCGGGCCGACGCGCGGGAAAUGGAUCCUCGCCGAGACGCAGCUGGCGCGGGCCUCGGAUCUUGGCGUCAAUGACAAGACGUACUUCGCGCGUACACAUCUCGGCGGGCUCCUGCACGCCGGCGACUCAGUCCUAGGGUACAUGCUCACCGGAACCAACUUCAAUAACCCGCAGUUAGAGGCGCUUGAGGAAUCGAACGUAUACGCGUCGCGCAUCCCCGACGUAGUCGUCGUCAAGAAACACUACCCGAACCGCCGGCGUAACCGCAAGCGUGUCUGGAAGGUCCGCCGUAUGGCUAAGGACGAGGGUGAGCUAUUGCCGCGCAAGACCGAUCAAGAGCGACAGGAUCGUGAAUUCGAGCAGUUCUUGCGGGAUAUCGAAGAAGACGAGGAGUUUAGACAGGGCGUGCAGCUGUAUAAGCAGCCGGGACAGAAGAAGCAAGCUGAUGAGAUGAGUGUAACGACGACGGCGGAGGAUGGCGACGGAGAUGAUGAUGUGCCGAGGGUCGAUAUGAAUGAGUUGCUGGAGGACUUUGAUGAGCUUACUAUGGAGGAUCAGCAGUAG